AUGACCCGCAGAGUUAUCAAUAGAGAUUCGAAUGUAACAUCAUCGCCUGGAUCUAGGCGUGAAACAGCACCAGACUAUAGUGUGGAAGAGGACAAUUUUGGAAGACUUAUAAACCGCGAUAAACGAAUGAUUUGGCCUGACAGAAAGCCUCGGAAAAGAGCAGAGUUUGAACGAAUAAUCAGAACAGCGCCAAACGAGGUCCCCCUAAUGUCGUCGAUGUCGUCAACUGCUACUGAUGUGUCCUACAGUUGUCGUAGCAAUUGUGGCAUGGGUCUUCAAAACUCGGAUCGUAGCCUGGAAAAAGUGUUCAUUGGUGGAUCAUCACCUAAAGAGGCCGCUGCAAAAGUGGAUCCUUCAGCUUUCGUGUUGUACUAUCGAAUCGAUGAACAACUUAGCGACAAAGUGUAUCUCUACAUGGCGUACAGAAAUAACGAUGGCCGGGCAUUUCACUAUCCGCUAACUUGUAGAAAAGCUAAACAUGACGACGGUAGCGAAUCCCUGUAUUGGCGUGUGGAAUGCGGUGAUCCGGAAGCAAAAGAGUUUCCCUGCCUCUCUGCCUUAGUCAGACACCAUCAGAUUUUCUCGUACUAUGACAUCAAAACAGGUGCAAUUGAAGCGUUUCCAAUAUGGUCAGGAACUUUCUCGGCAAUGGGAAGUAGAAAAUGGACAGAGAGUCUGAAGUAA